AAGAGGAGCGGAGCCUCGCGUCUCUCUUCCCGGAGAUCAGCGUCUUGUCCGCGGCCUCGGACGGCCGGAUGACCCGGGCCCUCGAGCCUCCUCAACGGAUCUCCGGUUCGUUCCCCAAAGAAGAAGCGACACGAUGCGGGAAGUUCACCUGAACAACGAGACGUGCGGGAACGCGUCUCUGCUCAGGUUGUGGUGCAGCACUCAGUCCGGUCUUUGUUCAGUCUCUGGAGGUCAGAGGCCGAUCUACACACACCUGGACAACAGCAGCAACAGUACAGAUGUGCUGACCGAUGUGAUCUACAACCCCUGGCUGGGUCUGACUCUGGCCCUGCUGUCGGCCUUCCUCAUUGGUGGGAGCGUCAUCCUGAAGAAGAAAGCUCUCCUCCGAUUGGCCAGCAAGGGACACACCAGAGCAGGUGACGGAGGCCACAGCUACCUGAAGGACUGGUUGUGGUGGGGCGGCCUGCUGACCAUGGGAGCUGGAGAGCUCUGCAACUUCGCCGCCUACAUGUUCGCUCCGGCCACGCUGGUGACGCCCCUGGGCGCGCUGAGCGUCCUCAUCAGUGCCGUGCUGUCCUCCUACCUGCUGCAGGAGGUGCUGAACCUGGUGGGGAAGCUCGGCUGUCUGCUGUGCGUCCUGGGCAGCGUCCUGCUGGUCAUCCACGCGCCACAGGAACAGGAAGUGACAUCACUUCAGGACAUGUCCGACAAGCUGCUGGAGCCCGGGUUCCUGGCGUACGCGGCCGCCGUGCUGCUGCUGUGCGCCGUGCUCGUCUUGUACUUCUCUCCUCGGGUCGGUCGCUCCAACAUCUUCGUCUACGUCGGCAUCUGCUCGCUGCUCGGCGCCUUCACCGUCUCCUCCGUGAAGGGCCUCGCCAUCGCCGCCAACGCCGUGGUUCGAGACGUCUCGGUGCUCGCUAGCCCGCUCACCUGGAUCCUGCUGGUCACGCUCAUCGUCUCCAUAGUGACGCAGGUGAACUACCUGAACAAGUCUCUGGACAGCUUCAACACCCUGCUGGUCUACCCCGUCUACUACGUCCUCUUCACCACCGUGGUUCUGUCGACCUCCGUCAUCCUCUUCCAGGAGUGGAGUAGCAUGGCAGCCGUGGAUGUGGUCACGACGCUGGGCGCCUUCCUGGUCAUCGUGGUGGGCGUGGCCAUGCUGCACCUCUUCAAGGAGACGCAGAUGACAAUGGUGCAGCUGACCAAUCAGCUGCCUCAGCCGGUGGAGAGGGCGGGGCUUCCACGGGAGGUUUCAGCCAAUGAAGGAGCAGCAGCAGGAGGCAGGAGCAGGACUAAAAAAGAUGACAAAUACGGACUGAUGGACAACAGGGUGAUAGAGAGUCUUCCUCCGAUGAGAGAUGAAGGGCCGAGGGUCUUCAUCAUCAGCUGAAGAAGAACUCAGGUUUCUGCUUCCUGUCUGGACUUUGUAGUCCAGACUGGUUGGGUUGUAGUCCUCAUUCUGUUAGUCUUCUUUUAAAAAGGUUCCUGUUCAUCGUUGAGGUCCAUCAGCUUUCAAGCUAGACAAACUAAACUCUGAGUCACUUCCAACAACACAUACAACUACUACAAAGACACAAACAACUACUACAAAGACACAAACAACUACUACAAAGAC